UGGCGGUAUUUGCUAAACGGCCUAUGGUGUCUGCUUGAGGACCAAAAGCAUUAAACGGAGGCACCGUGCCGCAGAACAAGGGACUGGCAACGUUUAUAUUGAAAAUCCACCUAAUAGUCGUUUAAAACAAUUAAACAGAACCGUGAUUUGUAUCCUGAAAGAAGCGUAGUUGUGCUGGAAGACGCUGAGAAGCUAACUUGGCGUUAGCUGCCUACUAACUUUAAUAGUGUCAGAGGAAUAUCCAUAAAAAAGAAGCUCAUCAGUUGGACCAGAGGAGGACAGCAGGACUUGCAGGGAUUCUGACAUCCCUUAUCAUCAUCGGGCCCUGAGAUGACAUCACAGCAGCCUCAGCUCCCCAAUGCUGCUCUUCCUCCCCAGCUCGCCCACAACUCCUCUCCUCAGCAGGCCCGGCCUCACAUUCACGCCAAUCAGCUGGACUCGAGUCAUAGCAGUGGCCCCCUGGACCACCGAGCUCUGACGGGCAGGCCCGGCUGCUCGGGCGCGGCCGCAAACAGCGGCGAGGCGACCAACAGGAACGUUUCGGCCUCCUGCCACAACUCCAGCUCGUCCAGAAGAGAUGGGAGCUUCGAGCCUUGGCCCGAGGAAGCAGUGGACAACUCCCACGGGCUGUACUCACUCCACCGCAUGUUUGACAUAGUGGGAGCCCAGCUGACUCAUAGGGAUGUCAGGGUACUGUCGUUUCUGUUUGUGGACGUGAUCGACGAGUACGAGCGCGGCGGCAUCAGAAGUGGAAGGGAUUUCCUGCUGGCCUUAGAGCGCCAGGGUCGCUGCGAUGAGACCAACUUCAGACACGUGCUCCAGCUUCUGAGGAUUAUCACCCGCCACGACCUGUUACCUUAUGUCACACUCAGGAAACGACAGGCCGUGUGUCCAGACCCUGUUGACAAGUAUCUGGAAGAGACAUCAGUACGUUACAUUUCACCCAGAGGAGCAGUACAGAGCAGGGACGCAGCGCCUCACAGAAGGACUGGUCCUCAGCCAGUCAUUUGCUGUUCCUCGUCAGGACCUCAUGUUGGCCCGCCCAGAACAAAGCCAGCUACUCCUGUAUCCAACCGCAAACGGAAGAGAAGUCAUUCCUCAGCUGACUGCAGAGAGAAGCAAACAUGUGAUAUUCGCCUCCGGGUUCGUGCUGAAUACUGCCAGCAUGAGUCUGCGCUUCAGGGCAACGUCUUCUCCAACAAGCAGGAGGCAGUAGAGCGGCAGUUCGAGCGCUUCAACCAGGCCAACACUAUCCUUAAAUCCCGAGACUUGGGCUCCAUCAUCUGUGACAUCAAAUUCUCCGAGCUUACCUACUUGGAUGCCUUCUGGAGGGACUACAUUAACGGAUCAUUGCUAGAGGCCCUUAAAGGGGUCUUCAUUACAGAUUCCCUAAAACAGGCUGUGGGCCACGAGGCUAUAAAACUGUUGGUCAAUGUAGACGAGGAGGACUACCAGGCAGGUCGACGCAAACUGCUCCGUAAUUUGGUCACAAGUGGAGGGGCUCUCCCAGGAAGUAGCAAAGACUGUGUGUCUUAGAUACACUCUCCAGCUGAUGGCAUUCGGGAGGAACACUGCUGUGCUUCCCUGUCAGGGGGAUAGAGUGAGAUGUGGUGGUGUCAUUUGAGGUGCCUGAAGUGCGUGCCUAAAAGAAACUCAACAAUUUCCAGCCAGCCCAUUGAUUCCUUGAGAGCUAAGAUGGGAGGAUAUGUAGUUGUCACCCCUAAGCGUAGCAUGCGAGGUGAUCGGGAACUAUGUCAGCAAACAGUAGGCAAUGCAUCUAGGUUGACGUCAUUUUGAAAAUGAAGUUGUUCAUUUUUCUUCAAAGGAGGAGGAUGCUAAUCUCACGUGCAUUACAUUUAAAGAGGACUUUGUUAUUUCUGAUAUAUUAGCUCAUUGAAACACAUUUGUUGACUCCCAUGAUGCUCUUUAACUCGUUGAAAAGCAGUUAUUACAGAAAACGUGCUUAAAGCUGACAAGUUACUCCCAGUGGGAGCUGUACUUAAUUGUCAAAAUGGUUCAUUUUUGGUGAAAAUUUUUCAGUUUUUUCAAGGUACAUUUACAGAUUGAUUGGAUUAACCCAAUCAGAAAGUGUUCUGUGUGUUAUAGAAAGGCACAGACUGUAGUAAGACUUACACUUAGUUUUCUCUGUUUCUGUCAUCUUAUUAUCCUACUUUCCCAAACAUUUUAACACUUUCCUUGUCUGUGAAGAUGAACACUUUUUAGAGCAUUUUUUAUUGGCCCAUAUUUGGUCACUGGACAUCAUUUGCUGUGUCUGAAAUCACUCCCUGCAUACUAAACAGUGCACUAUAUUUACCUUCUGCCAUUUUUUCUGAGUGUCUGAGUGUGUAGAUGUAUCCACAAUAAAUAUAGUGUCCUCAAACUUUCUACAAUGGAAUGAAAAAGUACUUUCUGCUAACAAUGCCACAAUGCAGUGUAGCGCAUUUAAUAGAUGCAAACAUUACUGUUGUGACCUAACAGCUGAUACUAACAAUGGUAAGUGUCUAAUAUCUCAACUUACUGCUCGAUAUUGAAUAAAUGAUUGGGUGUGUUUUAUAAAGGGAGGAGUGAACGAGUGAUUUCUGACACAGCCGGUGUGUGUCUUGGCUUUCUUUUAACAAAAUCUCACGUAAGUCUCUAAUUACCUUUGUUGGGCGAUAUAUUGUCCCAGAAAUAAUCGCGAUAAACGAUAUUAUUGUCAUUUUAAGACCAUUUUAUGCCACAGUUGCAAUUAACUUGGUAACACUUGUUUGAAAUGCCAUAUGUACCCCCCCCCCCCCCCCACCUUCACUUACAGCAUAUCUGCAGCCUGCCUACAUAUCCCACACAUCCCAUGAUAUUUGGGUUUCUAGAAAUGUCAGGAUAUCAGGUCUUUUUUUUGUCGGGGCGAGUGUCAUGCUCACACCAAAAAAAAAAAAAAAAAGGGAUUUUAUGAGUUAAAUGUAAACGAGUCCUUUUCGGUUUUAUCUUUUUAAAAAAAGAGACGGAUUUCCAACCACCACUUUAGUAUUGUUCAGAUUGUACAUUUCACGUGCUGUUAUGCUCUUCUCUUGUCAGUAGGUGGUAGUGUUUAGCCGUGAUUCCUCGAGGGACCGGAGUUUGAGGGUACUGUUCCAAAUCCUAAAGCAAACACAACAUAUUCCUACUCACUACUGUUUACAACUUUUUCCAGGUUAGUAGGGAUGCAUAGUCUCUCAGAAAUCAACAUGAAACAAUUUUACUCAUGUUCCCUCAGAGUAUAAUGAUGUUUUGUUAAAUGAUAUUAAUUAAAAACAAGCAGUAAAUUGCCCGUCUCAUGUAUCCAAAGGUGCCAUCUAUGUACUGGGUUUUUCCUCAGCUGUGGUUAGGUUACUCUCCUGUAAACAUACACACGUUUAAACACGAUGGGCAAUAUAGAGGUUGGCAAAAAUGACAGAGGUCCAUAUUUCAUUUAGUAAAUUGAUCACGUAAUGAUUGUGACAGGCCUAAUCUCAAAUGUUAACAGCAGAUUUUAAUUUCGGUUGUCAAGUCACUGCCAAUAUUUGCUAUGUGGAUCUUUUUUAAUGUGUUGAGUUUUUUUUUUCAAUCAAACAUGAAGUCAAUCACUGUGUCACUUCCAGGUGUUUGAGAUUAGUUUGGAUGGUAAAUCAGUGCAAGUUUCAUUGUCAGCCUGUAUCUCUGAACCUCAAAACCCCUGUUCACUCAUUAUAUAAGACUGUUACAAGAUUGAAGUUUUAUUUCUUUUUUUCAUUUGAAAGUACACAGUUGGUGAAAAUCACAACCAGAAUGGGUUAGAUUGAUUUUAGUUGUCAUGACAAUAAGACUACAGAACAGAAAUAAUCCAGAUAGAAAAACACUCCACAGGUUUUUGGGAAAUUAAAGAUACUUUAACCAUGUGUAGUUGACGUGGCAGGUACACCUUCAGUAGCCUGCACUGCACUGAUGAUGAGGUCAUUGAGUCCACAAGCUGAAAAAAGGAUGUAUGAGCAGGUGUUGCAAUCACUUCCUCACCCAGUCUCCAGACCAGACAUCUCCACAGGCAUUCACAAACCCAAACUACUAAGACAUAAGGCAUUUCCAUCCUCUUCAGUGUAGUGUAAAGAUCUUUAACUGUAACUAAAAGCUGUAUAUUCAUUUCUUUUCUGUAUUCAUGGAAUGACGUAGAUGAACUGGGGACAUAAGGUUGGCUGGUGCCUGUGACAAGCACGUGUUAACAGUAUUAUCGCUCUUAUUUUAAGCAGCAGAUACACCUGAACAGUACUGUUAGUACUCUAUUUAGAUGGUUUUGUCCAGUCCUACAGGAUUUAAAUAAGGCUGCUAAAUCCAACUGAUCUGAGAUAAUGUUUUCAGAAGAUCAAUGUGUUGGUGUAACAAUGUCAGAAAUUGUGCACAUGAAAUGUUCCUACAACAGCAGAGAGAGCUCUGUUGAGGCCUGUGUGUACUUGAUGCAGUUUAGAAGGUGUCAGUCAAAGAGCUUUCUGUCUGUUAAGCUCAGUCUAACAUUUAGUUCAGUUUAUCUAGUUUUUUUUCCAUUGCUCUGUUUUCUUCACAACACAACACGACAGGCUAACACUUGAAGUGCAAAGCUCUCCAUCCACUCAGUUAUUCUCGAAUGGUAUACUGAGCAAGUGUCUCAUCAGAUUAAGGACAGAGUGUGGGUGAAGAUGGUGGGCUGAUUUUUUUUAUUUUUAUUUUUUUUAUUUUUUAUGUUCAUCUUUUCAUGACACUUUGUGAAUUAGGAGUACAGACUGCUCCCGUUUGGACAUGAGGCAAACCUACCGCCAGACAAAAAAUGUCAGUAGCAAAACCUCCAGAGCACAUUUAAUGACAACAUAUUGAAAAGCGUUGCUUCUUUAGGAUCUCAUCGUGGUAUCUAUGGUAUAGUUGCCGUAGUUGGAGAAAGAUUGCUGUUACGUUUAAUAAGAAAGCAAAUGUCAGUCGGACACCUGCGCUGAACAUUGGCGUAUGACUUCAACUUGUUGAGGCAAUCUCAAUUGACAUCAAUCAAUCUUUAUUUAUAUAGCGUCAAAUCACAACAAAAGUCAUCUCAAGGCACUUUACACAUAGAGCAGGUCUAGACUGUUCUCUUUAAAUUCAAAUUAAAGAGACACAACAUGGACACAGUUUCGACGGGCUGCUUUCAUCAUACAUCCUCAUACAUCAUUGCUUUAAAAAAAAAGGAAAGACGUAGCAGGAUUGACUUUGACUCAAAGCAAAUGCUCAACUACUUUAAUCGGAAAAUGUACGAAACCACUGAUCUCUAUCAAAGACGUGGCAGUAUAAUGCAGUUCUGUGAUGAGAUUAUUUGAAUCCUGUUACAGAGGUAGAUUAGAGACUGUUAUUGUAGUAAGAACUGACUGAGUCUAUAACUGUUAAGUGCACAUAGCCAAACCGCUGACAUAACGAAAUAUACUAGUGAACUCACACUCUCAAACAGUGUAGCUGCAAAUGUGUACUUAGUCAGCAAAUGAUGGUUUGAUUCAGCUUUUCAAAAUAAAUAACAGGCUCCUGAAGCGGGAUUGUGAAACUAAAGUUGUGUAUGUGUGUGUGUGUGUGUGUGUGUGUGUGUGUGUGUGUGUGUGUGUGUGAUGUAUGCUCUGGAUAAAUCCAAGACAUUCAAAUCAGCUUCUAUGUAUCAUAUUAAUUAGGGACGCCCAACGAAACUUAUCUCUGAAUUGGAGCAUCAGUGUUUUGAUUUCCUUCAUCCUGAAUAUGUGUCCUUGUUGCAUUAUCUUCUUUUUUUUUUGCCAAAUUUUUUGUAAUCAGAUUCUGCCUGUUUCAGUUGAAGUGUGAGCUGAAAUUCAGUGUUUUACUUUGACGUAUCAUAUUCAAAAAUUUAAUGUAUGAUUUUACUAUAUAUACAUUUCCUGCUUAAAAAAAAAAAAAAAAAAAAGCCCUUUCUUAUCUGUGUUGUCUUAACAUCCAUGCUUGCAUAUCAAAACACACGAGUCAUGAUUGGAAGGCCACUAAUACUGUGAAUUCUAUAAAGUAGGCCUACAUUUUAUAUUUCUACCCCCAGUGGAAUUUCAUAUAAGGUUUGAAAGUUAGUAUCUAUUAUAUAGGUUGGUGUAUGUUCUGUCGAUUGUAUGUUCUGUUCUGUUAGUUGUUCAAUGCAGCUGUCUUUUACGCAAAAAUUGCAUGUAACCUUCAUGAUCUGAUCCCCACAACUGUCAUAGACACUCACAGUGCUAACAUUUUGUAAAUAACUUUAUUGGAUGUCAGGAGUUUUUCUUACGUUUGCAUUUCUUUGCCGAAAAAACAUACACGUAGGACUGUUAAUAAAUGAAGUGGAUGGGUUUUUAUUUUGAAGUCCCAAUCCUAAUUUUUUUAUGUCACAUGGCACAUAUUUAAAAAAAAAAAAAAAAAAAAAAAAAAAGAAUCUUGUUGGUGGAAAAUAAUGUACAAAUUCCAGAUCUGACUGUAAAAGAAAAAUAUAGAAGACAUAUUUAAACAAAAACGCUUCCUGAUAGAUCUAAUGCUUCUGAGUUGUGGAAUAAUCAUCACAUGUAAAUGUUUCAACUGUGUACCAACAUUUACAUCAGACUGGGCCUUUGUGCAUCUCACUUCUCUCAUACACCUGUCCUCAUUCCUUUUUCACUCGUCUCUCGCUUCUCAGCUCGUCUUUUCUCAAAUCCGGGGCGACGCAUUUUUUUUGACAAACUAGGCAACAACGAGUUUUGUUUGGGCUAUGAAUGUUCUCGCAGAGACUUGAAUGUAUGUCAGUAUGAACCAAACACUCUACCGGUUAUGAUGGUAUGGCUUUCAACACAUGUAAGUGAAAUGAUAAGAAAAAGUUGGUGGUUAGUUCUGUGUAACUUUUGACCAAUAAAAGUAAGCCUUGCCAUUUUCUGUAUGCCAUGGAUACUCCGCAAUCAGUUAAUUUAUUGAUCAUCAAACUUGAGCUUUGACUAACCGCCGUGACAGCAGGUCUGCUAGCUGUCAGUCAGUAUGAUCCAACUUUGUACAAAAUAGAUUAA